AUGGCCCAUAGAUUGAUCCGCAACCCAUAUUUCCCAAGAUUAAAUGGUGGUACAGUUUUGAAGGAAUGCGAAGUGGAUUUGGAGGAGAAGCGACGGAUGAUGAGUAAGGUUAUUGAUCAGAGACAAAAGUAG